AUGGCAUCGGAGAAGAACGAUGCACCUGCUGCAUCGACCUCUUCCGCGAGCGAUGUAGAAAUCGUUCCGGGCACCAUCAACGAAAAGAAGUUACUCAGGACAUUGGAUUUGAGACUCCUGCCCGCGGUGUCAAUCUUGUAUCUGCUCAGCUUUCUUGAUCGCAGCAAUGGUACAGACUUCUUCAUAUCCACCGCUGAUGAAAGUGUACUGAUAGAUUCUUUAGUCGCCAACGCACGUAUCGAAGGCCUAACAACCGACCUCGGUAUGACAGGCAACCAAUACCUCACGGGCCUCACUCUCUACUUCAUCGGCUACGUCCUCUUCGAAAUACCCUGCAACAUCGUCCUCAAACGCACGACGCCGAAGUUCUGGUUGCCUACGCUUACAGUGGUGUGGGGUGUUGUGGCUACGCUGAUGGGUGUGACGCAGAACCUGUCGGGCUUUUUUGCGGAAGGUCUGCUCACCAUCAUCAUCGGAAUCAUCGCGUACUGGUUCAUCUCAAACUACCCCGCCACCGUCAGCUGGCUCAGCAAAGAAGAAAGAGCCUUCGUGCAAGCACGUCUGAAAGCCGACAGCGACGCAACGAACGACGAAGCAUUCUCAUGGGCGGAAGUAUUGCUUGCUGCAAAAGACAUCAAGAUCUGGCUCUACGCCUUUGCCUUCCACACCAUGAGUCUACCACUAUACACUCUAUCCCUAUUCCUACCAACAAUCAUCCGCGACAUGGGCUACACAUCCGCCCAAUCCCAGCUCCUAACCAUCCCCCCCUACGCCGUCGCAACCCUCUUCACAAUCUUCUGGGCCAUCCUCUCAGAACGCUACGCCCGCCGCGCCCUCUUCAUCCUGACCACCUCCACCGUCGCAAUCAUCGGGUACAUCAUCCUGCUCGCCAACACCGAUCCCAAAGCACGACCAGGUGUUUCUUACGUGGGAACCUUCUUCGCCGCCAUCGGCAUCUACCCUUCCGUCGCCUUGGUCCUCUGCUGGCCCGCCAUCAACGUUAGUGGACAGACCAAGCGCGCAACGGCCAAUGCUAUGCAGAUCAGUAUUGGGAAUUUGGGGGCGGUGCUGGGGACGCAGUUGUAUCGCGCGAACUCUGGGCCGAGGUAUGUGCUUGGGCAUAGCUUUGCGCUGGGGUAUUUGUGUUUGAAUCUGGUGGUUGUGGGGGUGUUGUGGGUGUUGUUGAAGAGGGAGAAUGCGGAGAAAGAGAGGGUGUUGGUGGAGAGGCCGCAGACGGGUGGGUUUCAUGAUAGUGUUGAGGAUGUUAAGAUGGGGGAUCGGCAUCCGAGGUGGAGAUUUCAGGUUUGA